GGAUCUUCGUUAAGUUGAUUUAAAAUGUCGUUAUCGCGAAUAUUAUUUUCAAGACCUCUUGUUCAAUGUAGUGUGGUGGCAACACAAGUUAAAACCUUCAGCAAUGCUCCAUUGAAGGACCAGGAUAGGAUCUUCACCAACCUAUAUGGGAGACAUGACUGGAAACUGAAAGGGGCAAUGCAAAGGGGGGACUGGUAUAAAACCAAGGAGAUAAUAUUGAAAGGAAAUGACUGGGUGUUGCAACAGAUUAAGGAGUCUGGGUUAAGAGGGCGCGGCGGGGCAGGUUUCCCUACUGGCAUGAAAUGGAGUUUUAUGAAUCGACCUCCAGAUGGUAGGCCAAAGUAUUUGGUCGUAAACGCUGAUGAGGGGGAACCUGGUACUUGUAAGGACCGAGAAAUCAUGCGGCAUGAUCCUCAUAAGUUGAUUGAGGGAUGCUUGGUGGCUGGUGUGGCUAUGGGGGCUCGUGCCGCUUAUAUUUAUAUAAGAGGGGAGUUUUAUAACGAAGCUUCGAACUUGAAUGUCGCAAUAAAGGAGGCUUAUGAUGCUGGUCUUAUUGGGAAGGAUUCGUGCGGAUCUGGUUACGAUUUCGAUAUUUUUGUUCAUCGUGGAGCAGGUGCUUAUAUUUGUGGAGAGGAAACUUCACUGAUUGAAAGUUUGGAAGGAAAGCAAGGCAAGCCGAGGUUGAAGCCACCGUUCCCUGCAGAGGUUGGUGUGUUUGGGUGCCCGACAACCGUGGCUAAUGUUGAGACCGUGGCCGUGGCACCAACUAUUUGUCGUCGCACACCACAGUGGUUCGCUGGGUUUGGAAGGGAAAGAAACACCGGGACAAAACUGUUCAAUAUAUCGGGGCAUGUUAACCAUCCCUGCACUGUAGAGGAGACUAUGAGCAUUCCUAUGAAGGAAUUGAUUGAAAGGCAUUGCGGGGGUGUAAGGGGAGGAUGGGAUAACCUUCUAUGUGUUAUCCCUGGUGGUUCAUCUACACCACUUCUUCCUAAGAAUAUUUGCGAUGAUGUUCUCAUGGAUUUCGACGCUUUGGUUGAAGUUACGAGCGGUCUAGGAACGGCUGCGUUGAUUGUGAUGGAUAAAAGCACUGACGUGAUCCGUGCAAUUGCCAGGUUGAUGGAGUUCUAUAAACAUGAGUCGUGUGGUCAAUGCACUCCAUGCAGGGAAGGAGUGACAUGGAUGAAUGAUACGUUACAAAGGUUCACAAGGGGUGACGCAGAUCCUGAGGAGAUCGAUUCGUUAUGGGAGAUAUCUAAGCAAGUUGAAGGUCACACCAUAUGUGCGUUGGGUGAUGGGGCAGCAUGGCCAGCUCAAGGUUUGAUCCGACACAUGAGACCAGUGAUUGAAGAGAGAAUGAAAGCCUACCACCAAAAUAAAGGACAAGCUAAAAUUUAAAAUUGAACUUUUUGUUGUUUUCUGUAUUUGUGAAUGAAAAUUUCUCUUGUUCAAAUUUCAAAUAUUUAUUCAUCUUGCGCUAAUAGUUCACUUGGUGUUAAAAUCUCAAGAAAGUUGUGUUUUCCACAAUUGAACAUCAAUAUCUUAUGUUUUGUGCUUUAGA